AUGUCUCAUCCACGACAGGCUGCUGCAUCGGGUGCAUCACGCCAUGUCACUUCUUCCUCGAGCAGGAGCACUCGACGCUCACUCAGCCCUUCACGUGCGUCUUCAAAUACAGAGCCACCGAACAAGCGGCUGAGGAAGGAGGAUACACCGCCCAAUGACGCAGAUCCCAGCCUCGACCGUCUGCUAGAUGCGUUCGAUUCCGGUAUCGAUGAGGAGCAGCAAAGACGCCGCGUGCUCGAAGAGAGCCGGAAGCGCAGGCAGGCCAUCCUCGACAAGCAUCGCGGCUCCCAGAGCGUCCAGGCCUCGGAAGGCACUCCCGCUCCCAGCACUGCUGCGUCCGCUCCACAGAGCGAGGUGAAAGAGGCCCAGCCUCCAUCUCAGCAGCCUUUCUCGCUGGUCAAGACCGCCACCAACACUACCGAUGUUGCAGCUGACGGCAGUGCGAACGCCCAGGAUGCAUCCGCAGCUGAACUCGAUCCGGACGCCGAUCGUGCGCAAGAGCUCAAGCGCCUCGAGCAACGGCGCAGAGUCGCUCCAACAGUUCCGCACCCAUCAAAGAGCAGCGAACAGCAGGAGUUCCAGGAGAUCGAAGUGACCGACGAUGAAGACGACGACGACAUGGACAUGUUUGCGCUCUCGGACGAUGACGAUGCUCCCAAGCCGGAUGCUAAGCCCAGAAAGACCAAAAUCAUCCGUGUACGAUUGCGCGGCGCCUCGGCUUCCUCCACAUCGGCGGUCAAGGCUUCGGCCGCACCCAUCUCGGACCCGGCUGCGGCGAGCACGGCGAACCUGUCGAGCAACUGGGACGACAAUGACGGCUACCUGCGCACCAUUCUUGGCGAGACGCUUGACGAGCGCUACCAGAUCUCGGCGGUGCUGGGCAAAGGCAUGUUUGCGUCGGUGGUGCGUGCGCGCGAUCUGCGAUCCGACGGCCGCCAAGUCGCGAUCAAGAUCGUGCGUGUCCAAGAGAGCAUGUACCGAGCGGGGCUCAAAGAGGUCGCCAUGCUGCGCAAGCUCAACGCGGCGGAUCCGGACGACCGCAAGCACGUGGUGCGACUGGAGCGCCAUUUCGAGUACAAGGGUCAUCUGUGCAUGGUUUUCGAGUCGCUCAGCAUGAACCUGCGCGACGUCGUGCGCAGGUACGGCCGCGAUGUGGGGCUCAACCUGCAGGCGGUGCGCGUGUAUGCGCACCAGCUGCUGCUCGCGCUGUCGCACCUGGCCAAGAACGAGGUGAUGCAUGCGGACAUCAAGCCGGACAACGUGCUGGUCAACGAUGCCAAGACCACGCUCAAGCUGUGCGACCUCGGCUCGGCGUCGUAUGUGAGCGAGAUGGAGAUCACUCCCUACCUCGUGUCGCGCUUCUACCGUGCGCCCGAGAUCAUCCUGGGCCAGCUGUACGACUGUGCGAUCGACGUGUGGUCGACGGGGUGUACGAUCUACGAGCUUGCCACGGGCAAGAUCCUUUUUCCGGGCAGGACGAACAAUCACAUGCUGCUGUUGAUGCAGGAGGCGCGCGGCAGGUUCACGGCCAAGCAGCUGCGCAAGAGCCAGUUUGGCGAGCAGCACUUUGACGACACCAACGCCUUUCUUGGUGUGGAGGCGGACAAGAGCACCGGGCAGGAGGUGGUGCGCAGGGUGAUGAUCGGCAGGCCGAGUGCGGAUGUGCGCUCGCGUCUGCUGCCCGCCGAUGCGGCCAAGAGGCUCAAGCCCGACGAGGUCAAGGCGACCAAUGCGCUCAUCGACCUGCUCGAGCGCUGUCUCGAGCUCGAUCCGGCCAAGCGCAUCAGCGCCAAAGAGGCACUGGGCCAUGCGUUCUUUGCCAACAUCUGA